CUCUCAUAUUUUAGCUGGGAAGUUUUAAGAUUCCUUCUGUCAAACAUAAGAUGGUGGUUGGAAGAAUAUGGCUUUGAUGGAUUUCGUUUUGAUGGUGUUACAUCUAUGCUCUACCAUCACCAUGGAAUGGGUCAGGGUUUUUCAGGUGACUACAAUGAGUAUUUUGGUCUACAUGUAGAUGAAGAUGCCUUGAUUUAUCUCAUGUUGGCAAAUCAUUUGAUUCACACGUUGUAUCCAGAGUCUAUCACAAUAGCUGAGGAUGUAUCAGGAAUGCCAGCCCUGUGUUCACCAAUAUCCCAGGGAGGGGGUGGUUUUGACUACAGAUUAGCCAUGGCAAUUCCAGAUAAAUGGAUCCAGCUACUUAAAGAGCUUAAAGAUGAAGAUUGGAAUAUGGGCAAUAUUGUACACACCCUCACAAACAGACGCUACCUUGAAAAAUGUAUUGCUUAUGCUGAAAGCCAUGACCAGGCACUGGUUGGUGAUAAGACGUUGGCAUUUUGGUUGAUGGAUGCUGAAAUGUAUACAAACAUGAGUGUUCUGAGUCCUUUCACGCCAGUUAUUGAUCGUGGAAUACAGCUUCAUAAAAUGAUUCGACUCAUUACUCAUGGGCUUGGAGGAGAAGGCUAUCUCAAUUUCAUGGGUAAUGAAUUUGGGCAUCCCGAGUGGUUAGACUUUCCAAGAAAAGGAAAUAAUGAGAGUUACCAUUAUGCCAGAAGGCAGUUUCAUUUAACAGAUGAUGACCUUCUUCGCUACAAGUUUCUAAAUAACUUUGACAGGGAUAUGAAUAGAUUGGAAGAAAGAUGUGGCUGGCUUUCAGCUCCACAGGCCUAUGUGAGUGAAAAGCAUGAGAGCAAUAAGAUCAUCGCUUUUGAGAGAGCAGACCUUCUUUUUAUUUUCAACUUCCAUCCAAGCAAGAGCUACACUGAUUACCGUGUUGGGACGGCAUUGCCUGGAAAAUUCAAAAUUGCACUAGAUUCAGAUGCAGCAGAGUAUGGAGGACACCAGAGACUGGACCACAACACUGAUUUCUUUUCUGAGGCGUUCGAACAUAAUGGGCGCCCCUAUUCUCUUUUGGUGUACAUUCCAAGCCGAGUGGCCCUCAUCCUACAGAACGUGGAUCUGCCCAACUAAAGACACCUGCUUUCAGCUCUGCCGGAUGCAAAUAUGUGUUUUAUUUUUUGGUUCUCAUUGUUACACAGCUUAAAAUGUGUAAGCUUUUCAAAAUACAGUUGUCUAGCCAAAGCGUCAGAUGUCUGAAAUUCAAUAUUGUUAUAAACAAAUGGUUAUCAAACUUUUCUUUAAGAAGUAGAGGAUGACAGUAUGCUUAAAAUUUUAGAGAUCCUAGACCAUAUUGUGAAGCCAUCUGAGCAGCUAGGAUAUAUUAUAUAUAUAAUGUCUCUAAGAAAUUGUACCACCCUGUUCAAUUAUUUGAUUCUUUUUAAGCUAGAAUUUGAAUAAUUUGUCAUGUAUGAUUAUUUCUGUUAAAUGUAACCAUUUUUUUAAGAUGGAUAUUUGAUGGCCUUCUUUGUUCUAAUAUCGCUUGGUUUAUUAAUUAGAAGGUAUAAAGAUAGCUUCUUUGUUUUUCCAAAUUAUGUUUAGAAGUAGUAUACUACAUAUGUCAUAAUAAUAUAAACUUAAGUGUAUCAAAAAUAUUCUAAAAGCCAUUAUCUAUGAACUUACCCACGCUUCAUCUUGUAUAAGUUUGAUCUUAUGAUCUUUUAUUCACUUAGUAUCUUGGUAGAUACUGAUAUCUCAGUCUUUCUGAAGACCUGGAAUGGUAAUUGUAGCAUUUCAGUAAAUCUUUUACUUUCAAUCAAUAAAAAAGAAAUGUAAAAUUA